AACGUUUUUGCAGAUGGUUGUGUUGCAGCGCUUUCUGUUACUUGAACUAAAAACAUGCCGUUUAUCGAACUACAAAGUAACUUACCCGCCAGCUGUUUUUCACAAAACUUCGUCCGGAAGCUAUGCAGUAGUACCGCCAAAGUUCUGGACAAACCAGAGGACAGGAUGGUGGUGGUUGUGAAGCCCGGCCUGGAGAUGAUGAUGGCCAGCUCUUCCUCACCGUGUGUGAUGCUGUCGGUGUCUGCAGUUGGAGUAACUGAUACUGCCGAGAAGAACAAAGAGCACAGCUCCAAAAUCUUUCACUUUCUGACCACUGAACUCGGUCUGACUGGAGACAGGAUCGUUAUUCAGUUCCACGAGCUGCACCCUCAUCAGGUCGGGAAGAAGGGAACCGUGAUGAGCUUUUUGUGAG